AUGGUUCAACAUGGUAUGGUUCACCAGUCUUCCUGCUUUGACACACCACAACAAAUUGGUGUAGCAGAUAGGAAAAAUCGACAUUUAAUGGAGGUUACUCAGUCCAUGUUGUUUGAGAUGAAAGUUCCCAAAAAUUUUUGGGUUGAUGCUGUGAUGAUUGCAUGCUAUCUCAUUAAUCGCAUGCCUUCAUCAGUUUUGUGGGCUGAAAUUCCCCAUUCUGUGUUGUUUCCUACUGAAUCAUUGUUUCCUUUGCCACCUUGUAUCUUUGGAUGUGUGUGUUUUAUUCGUGAUCAUCGCCCAGGGUUGUCUAAGUUGGAUCCAAAAGCUAUUAAGUGUAUGUUUCUUAAGUAUUCUCGUACCCAAAAAGGUUACCGCUGUUAUUCUCCAUCUUUGCCCAAGUACUUAAUUACAGCUGAUGUGUCUUUCUUUGAAUCCACGCCAUACCAUGCUGCUCCGGUAAAUGCUUCUGAGUUAGAUGAUGAUUUUCCUGUGUAUGUCAUUCAGACUCUUGCUCCACCGCAACCAGCCCCUGAUCCUCCUACGGGUAUUAUUCCAGUUGCUCUUGUUGUUUCUAAUCUUGACAUUCCAAUUGCUAAAAGAAAAGAGGCAUUAUCUAGUCUUGGCUGGAGGAUAGCUGUGGAAGAAGUAUUAAAGGCAUUAAAGGUGAAUGAUACUUGGGAUCUUGUACCGCUGCCACAAGCAAAAUCUGCCAUUGGUUGUCGAUGGGUGUAUGCAGUAAAGCUUGAUGUCAAGAAUGCAUUCUUGCAUGGUACUCUGCAGGAAGUUUAUAUGGAGCAACCUCCAGGACAGUCAAGUGCAAGAAGGAUUUUUCUGAUUGUGUAUGUUGAUGAUAUUAUCAUCACUGGUGAUGAUUCAGUUGGUAUAGCUGAGUUGAAGUCAUAUCUUCAACAGAAGUUUCAGACUAACGACUUGGGGAAACUGAAAUAUUUUCUGGGAAUUGAAGUGGCUAAGUCUCAAAAGGGAGUUUUUCUGUCACAACAAAAGUAUUUGUUUGAUUUGCUUACGGAGAUAGUUACGAUUGGGUCUAAACCUAUUGACUUACCAAUGGAUCAGGGUGUGAAACUUGUUGCUGAUGGAGGAGAUGUUCUUGGUGACCCUCAGAGAUAUAGAAGAUUGGUGGGUAACCUGAACUAUCUAACAGUUACCCGACCUGACAUUGCCUUUCCAGUUAGUAUGGUGAGUCAGUUCCUUUCCUCUCCGCGGACUACUCAUUGGGAUGUAGUUAUUCGCAUUUUGCAGUGUCUUAAGAAGGCUCCAGGUAGAGGAGUGGUGUACCAACAUCAUGGGCACAGUAGAGUUGAUGGGUUUUCAGAUGCUGAUUGGAGAAUUGAUUAUGGCUGCAACUCUUCUCUUCUUCUCCUCUGGUUUUCUGCAGGUUACAACAUUGAUGCUGCCCUUCCCUAA